AUGCGCCAAGGCACGGGAAACACGUCAAGACACGGGAAAUGCGCCAAGGCUCGAGAAACGCGCAAACUCACUCGUCGUCGUCGUCGCCUUCUCGGUUGGCACAACUUGUGGGGGAAUUAUGGUUCUGGUAGGAAUUGGAAUUCAGAUUUUGGGGAUUCUGAGGAUUCUGAUGAUUCUGAGAAUUCUGAAGGUGUGACGGAUUCUGAUUCUGAUGAUUCUGAGGAUAGUAGGCUUGCUGAUGUGGAUUUGAUGGGAUAUGGAGAUUCUGGAGAUUCUGAGGAUUCUGAUAGUGGUACUGUAGGUUUUGGGGAUUCUGCGGAUUCUGAGGAUUCUGACUCCGCCUCCUCAACUGCUCCGCCGCCUCCUGUUGUUCCUUAA